AUGGCGUCUGCUCUCACCAUCCUCUCACUCGAAUACCCCAAACCCACCAUCUCGGUGAGCCCCAGCAGGGUGGUGGUGCUUGGGGGAAGCGUCACCAUCCACUGCUCAGUGGAGCUCAGCACUGGGGUGUUGGUGGCAGCACUGUGGGGCCCCCACUGCCCCGUCAUGGCGUCUGCUCUCACCGUCCUCCUCCUCGAGGGGUCCUACCCCAAACCCUCCAUCUCCGUCAGCCCCGGUGGGGUGAUCCCCGUGGGGGGAAACGUCACCAUCCGGUGUCGGCAUCAGCACCUGGGCCUCAGGUUCCACCUCUACAAGGCUGGAGAUGGGAACUAUCUGACUUACACAGUCCCUGCUGGCUCUGAGGCUGAAUUUCCCAUCACCAGCGCCAGACGGGAACACGGUGGCAGCUACACCUGUCGUUAUAGACACAGAACAGGACAAGCUGCCUUCUCGGAGCCCAGCGACCCUGUGCAGAUCAUUGUAGCAGAUCCCAGCUUACCCAGACCCUCCAUCUCUCUGAGCCCCACUGGGGUCACCGCCCCAGGGGCAGACAUCACCAUCCGGUGUCAGGGGCAGCGCCGGUACAUGAGACGCUGGUUCUAUUCCCGCAGGGGGAACCGACCCGACCCAGCCUGGAGCGGCGCCGGCUCCCACCCGCCCAGGCAGUGCGGGGCCAGGUACCAGGGCCAGGGGGGAAUCACCAUCAAACCAGCCCUGGAAGCAGCCCCCCUGGGGCACCCGGAUUUCACCUACGCCAAUAUCGCCCGCCUGGGGCUGAGCGCCGUGGUCCUACUCAUCCUGGGACUGAUCCUGGCUGAGGCCUAGUACAGCCGCCCAAGGGGGGCGCCCUAG